AUGAUGCAAGAAUCUGGGACGGAGGCGACGAGCAACGGCCCAGCCAAUGAGAAUGGAGGAGCGAGCGUGGAGGGAGUACCCAGAGAGGGGCGACCAAAAAGUGCCGCGCCGUCAGCGGAAGUGACUGCAGCAGAUUUCCUGCAUCUCCAGCAGCACCAGGCUCUUCAAAUGGCUCGGCAAAUACUUCUUCAGCAACAGCAGCAAUCCCAGCCACAGCAACUGCAGUCUCAGCAAAAUACUGGUCGCAAAUCCCCCAAAGCCAACGACAAGCAGCAAAGCCUGCAGGUUCCAGUGUCAGUGGCUAUGAUGACACCUCAAGUGAUAACUCCACAGCAAAUGCAGCAGAUUCUUCAGCAACAAGUCCUGAGCCCUCAGCAGCUCCAGGUUCUUCUCCAGCAGCAACAGGCCCUCAUGUUACAACAGCAGCAACUCCAAGAAUUCUACAAGAAGCAGCAGGAACAACUCCACCUCCAGCUCCUCCAGCAGCAGCAACAGCAGCAACAUGCAGGCAGCAAGCAGAGUAAAGAGCAGGUGUCAGCACAGCAGUUGGCUUUCCAGCAGCAGCUCCUGCAGGUCCAGCAGGUCCAGCAGCAGCACCUGCUCAACCUUCAGAGGCAAGGACUGCUCAGCAUCCAGCCUGGACAGACUGGCCUGCCACUGCACUCCCUCACUCAGGGCAUGAUUCCGACAGAGCUGCAACAACUGUGGAAAGAGGUGACAAACGCUCACGUAAAGGAGGAGCACAACAACAGCAGCAGUAACAACGGCCACCGGGGUCUCGACCUGUCCUCCCCGGCACCGCCAAAGAACCCACUCCUCAACCAGCAUGCCUCCACCAACGGCCAGUACAUGAGUCACAAGAGAGAAGGAUCCACGCUAGAAGAGCCUUCCCCCCACAGUCACCCUCUGUACGGCCAUGGCGUUUGCAAGUGGCCCGGUUGCGAGGCAGUGUUUGAUGAUUUCCAGUCAUUCCUCAAACAUCUUAACAAUGAGCACGCCCUGGAUGACAGGAGCACAGCCCAGUGUCGGGUGCAAAUGCAGGUCGUACAACAGCUGGAGCUGCAGCUAGCAAAAGACAAAGAGCGUCUGCAGGCUAUGAUGACGCACCUUCAUGUCAAGUCCACGGAGCCCAAAGCCACCCCACAGCCGCUCAACCUAGUGUCCAACGUCACGUUGUCCAAGUCGGCCCCAGAGGCCUCUCCUCCUCUGAGCCUUCCCCAGACCCCCACCACACCAACAGCACCGCUUACACCCCUCUCCCAGACCCAUUCUGUCAUCACAGCCACAAACCUCCACAGCAUGGGCCCUAUGCGACGGCGAUAUUCAGAAAAGUACAACAUGCCCAUCUCUCCAGAUAUCAGUCAGAACAAAGAGUUUUACAUGAAUACAGACGUAAGACCACCAUUCACGUAUGCCUCACUAAUAAGACAGGCAAUCCUCGAAUCUCCAGAAAAGCAGCUAACACUAAACGAAAUCUACAACUGGUUCACACGAAUGUUUGCAUAUUUUAGGCGCAACGCAGCAACGUGGAAGAAUGCAGUCCGGCAUAAUCUUAGUCUUCACAAGUGUUUUGUGCGGGUAGAAAACGUAAAAGGGGCUGUGUGGACAGUGGACGAAAUAGAGUUCCAAAAGAGACGGCCUCAAAAGAUCAGUGGAAGUCCAGCCUUAGUGAAGAACAUUCAGACCAGCUUGGGCUAUGGUCCGACCCUCUCUGCUGCCUUCCAGGCUUCAAUGGCAGAAAACAACAUACCUCUAUACACUACUGCUUCCAUUGGAAGUCCCACCCUCAAUUCCCUGGCCAACGCCAUCCGUGAGGAGAUGAAUGGAGCAAUGGACCAUGGAAACAGCAACGGCAGUGACAGCAGCCCGGGACGCUCGCCCCUGCCAGCUAUGCAUCACAUCAGCGUUAAGGAGGAACCACUGGACCCCGAAGACCACGACGGGCCCCUCUCCCUGGUAACGACUGCCAAUCACAGUCCGGAUUUCGAUCACCACAGAGAUUACGAUGACGAGCAGGGCCACGACGACAUGCUGUAAGGCUAGCGCCGCCCACCUCCCUCCCCAGCCUCAGAGGCCGAGGCAGUCCGGGUCAUUCGGGAGACAGAAACGCUCUGCAGAUAACAAACACUGAACUGCAGUCUCAGCCACUGAUGACAGCUCGCAAAUGUCUCCAAGUUGACUUUUUUUUAGUGCCAUUAAAAUACAUAGCAAGAACACACAUGAGAAAACACAGAUGCUGCCCCCACAUGAGGGCUCUUUUUUCCCUCUGAUUCCUUUCUACUUUUGAUUUAAGUAGCGCUUAAAACGUGAAAACAAACUUUGUUUCUACUCAUCUGUCGGACAGACUGUAUUUUUUUUUUUUUGGUACGGGAGGGGGGGGUGCGACGUGUCCGUGCUAUGGGAUAACCCUUGCCACGCAGCCAGGACGGACUGCACUCAACGGACUGCAGAAGAGGAGGGGGAGGUGUUUGUCUCCCUCUCCACCCUCCCCCACGCUUCCCCCCCCCCCCA